AUGUCGAAAGUCGAAGAAGGAAUUCGAAAAGUGCAGGAGACCCUCCAGGGCCUGUAUCCUCAUGACAAGAAGCUUGCCGACCUGGCGAAGGAUACGACGGAUAUCCAUACUGCUGGUUCGAUCACCACGGAUCAUGGAACCAAGGUCGAGAAUACAGAUGAAUGGCUAAAGGCAGCCGAUAGCUCGAGGUCUGGGCCGUCAAUGCUCGAGGAUCAGAUUGCUCGAGAGAAGAUCCACCGCUUUGAUCACGAACGAAUUCCCGAACGGGUUGUUCAUGCUCGUGGAACCGGUGCAUUUGGACAUUUUAAGCUAUUUGAAAGUGCUGCAGAUGUGACUUCGGCCGGUGUCUUGACGGACACGUCUCGUACCACACCUGUCUUUGCCCGGGUUUCUACCGUCCAGGGAAGUAAAGGAAGUGCAGACACCGUCAGAGAUGUCCGCGGUUUUGCCGUCAAGUUUUAUACUGAGGAGGGAAACUGGGAUCUCGUAGGGAAUAACAUUCCUGUCUUCUUCAUCCAGGAUGCCAUCAAGUUCCCUGACUUUGUUCACGCUGUUAAGCCAGAACCUCAUAAUGAAGUCCCCCAAGGCCAAACUGCUCAUAACAACUUCUGGGACUUUGUCUAUCUCCAUCCUGAGGCUACUCACAUGUUCAUGUGGGCCAUGUCUGACAGAGCCGUUCCACGAUCAUACCGUAUGAUGCAAGGCUUCGGAGUCAACACUUUUGUUCUCAUCAACAAAGAAGGGAAGCGCCAUUUUGUCAAGUUCCAUUGGACUCCAGAGCUCGGUGUUCACUCUCUUGUCUGGGAUGAAGCUCUCAAGCUCGGUGGCCAAGAUCCUGACUUCCACAGAAAGGACCUGAUGGAGGCCAUUGAUAACAAGGCCUAUCCCAAGUGGAAGCUCGGUAUCCAAGUCAUCCCUGACGAAAAGGAGCAUGAUUUUGAGUUUGAUAUCCUCGAUGCCACUAAGAUCUGGCCCGAAGAUUUGGUGCCGGUUAGAUACAUUGGUGAGAUGGAACUGAACCGUAACGUCGACGAGUUCUUCCCUCAGACAGAGCAAGUCGCCUUCUGUACCGGCCAUGUAGUCCCAGGCAUCGAUUUCUCAAACGAUCCCCUCUUACAGGGUAGAAACUUCUCUUACUUUGACACCCAACUCUCCCGUCUCGGAACCAAUUGGGAGGAGCUGCCCAUCAACCGUCCAGUGUGUCCCGUCAUGAACCACAACCGAGACGGACAGAUGCGCCAUAAGAUCACUCAGGGCACCGUCAACUACUGGCCAAACAGAUUCGAGGCAUGCCCUCCGGCCAAGGUUGGGGAGGGGUUCCAUUCUUUCCCUGAAAAGAUAAUGAGUAUCAAGCAACGCACUCUCAGCGCUAAGUUCCGUGAACACAUCAACCAAGCUCAGUUAUUUUACAACUCUCUCACCCCAUAUGAGAAGAAACACGUUCAGAACGCCCUAGCAUUCGAACUGGACCACUGUGAUGACCCAACCGUUUACACCCGUGUAGUCCUACGCCUGGCUGAAAUUGACCUCCCCCUCGCACAGGCAGUGGCACCUCUCGUUGGGGCAGAAACUCCCAAAUCUUCACCCCGUUCCAAUCCGGGCCAGAAAACAAUCAAUCUAAGCCAGGCAGAGAUUAACGAGUCCCAUCCCCAGGUCGGUACUGGUACACCAACAAUCAAAUCCCGGCGUAUUGCCAUUUUGAUCGGAGACGGCUACGAUCCAGUAGCAUUCAUUUCCGCCAAAACAGCAAUCAAAGCCGCCGGAGCCUUACCAUUCAUCAUUGGAACUAAACGCCAGCCCAUCUUUGCUGCACACCAGCACAGAGAAACGGAUAAGGGCAUCGUACCUGACCAUCAGUAUGAUGGUGCACGCUCGACCUUAUUCGACGCCACUUUCAUCCCUGGCGGCGAGCAUGUUCGCAUCCUAAGCAAGAUAGGCCAGAUCAGAUACUGGAUUUCUGAAUCAUUCGGCCAUUUGAAAGCUAUCGGCGCCACGGGUGAGGCAGUCAAUUUGGUCGCUCAAGUGCUAGGUAAUGACGUGCCGCAGCUUGACUUCGCCGACUCUUCUUCCGCUGGGGUUAUUGAGAGCUAUGGUGUGGUUACCAGUUGUAAGUUGCAUGAACCGGAGAGUUUGACGGAGGGAAUCAAGAUAUUCAAGGAUGCAGGUGAUUUCUUGGGUAAAUUCUUUUACCAUAUCUCUUGUCAUAGGAAUUAUGAGAGGGAGCUCGAUGGCCUAGCUGCUUCACUUGCUUGGUAA